AUGGCGAGAAACCUCCAUUUCCUUUUCCUUAUCCUCCUCAAUACCUCCCUCUUCAUAACCAUCCACUCACAUGAUAACAACUCAGCUCUCACCGCCUGUCUCCAUUCUUCCGGGGUCAAAAACUUCACCGUUUCUUCCACUUUAGCGUACUCCCGCCUUCUCAACUUCUCUAUCCGAAACCUUCGUUUCGCCGGCGCCGGUGUCCCUAAACCAACCGCUCUCAUCCUUCCUUGCUCCGUAGAAGACCUCCGCAACUCCAUCCUCUGCCUUCGCGCGGCCUCCUUGGCCAUCAGAGUGCGUAGCGGCGGCCACAGCUACGAAGGCCUGUCAUACACCGCCAACAACGGCGUCCCCUUCGCCAUCGUCGACCUCAUGACCCUGAACCGUGUCCGAGUCGACUCUGGCUCGCUCUUCGCCUGGGCUGAGUCCGGCGCUUCACUCGGCGAGAUAUACUAUGCUGUGGCUGCCUCCAACCGGACUCUCGCUUUCCCUGCAGGCUCCUGUGCCACCGUCGGCAGUGGUGGUCACAUCGCCGGAGGCGGGUUUGGAUUGCUCUCUCGCAAGUACGGCGUCGCAGCCGACAACGUCGUCGAUGCCAUCCUGGUCGACUCGGCCGGGCGCGUCUUGAACAGGGACUCGAUGGGCGAGGACGUCUUCUGGGCGAUCCGCGGCGGCGGCGGCGGCAGUUGGGGCGUCGUCUAUUCCUGGCAGUUGCGGCUCGUCCCCGUGCCUGAGCGAGUCACAGUGUGCACCCGGACGCGCUCCGGGUCAACUCGCUCGGUGGCCGAGUUGGUCCACCGAUGGCAGUACGUGGCCCCAAAUCUCCCCGAAGAGUUUUACCUUUCCGUCUCCGUCGCCGGGUCAGGCGACGGCAACGUGUCUGCUUCCUUCACGGGUUUCUUCCUCGCGUCGAGGAAGGCAGCGGUCUCAUCCCUGAGUCGCCGAUUCCCCGAGUUGGUGCUGGCGGAAUCGAGCUGCCGCGAGGUAAGUUGGAUCGAAUCGGUUGUUCAAUUCGCCGGGUUGGAUUCGGUCUCCGAGCUGACGAGCCACGAAUCGAGCAGUCCCGAAUUCUUCAAGGCCAAAUCGGACUACGUGCGCAUCCCGAUCGACAUGGCCGGCAUGAUCACAACCCUUGAUUAUUUAUCAAGAAAGCAAGAAGCAUACCUUAUAUUGGAUCCCUACGGAGGGGCGAUGGCUAGGGUGAAAAGCGAUCAAAUUCCAUUUCCUCACCGAGCCGGAAACUUAUACGGGAUCCAAUACAUAGUUUAUUGGACGGUUGAAGAGGACACGGCGAGAGACAAGCACGUGGCAUGGUUACGUGAAUUCUACGAGUACAUGAGCCGACAUGUAACAAAGAAUCCUCGAGCGGCUUUCGUGAACUACCUUGAUUUGGAUUUGGGAACGGUGGAGUGGGGUAGAGGAGGAGAGGGGCCCACGGAUGCUGUGAGUAAAGCACGAGUAUACGGAGAGAGAUAUUUUUUAGGAAAUUAUGGAAGACUUGUGAAGGCGAAGAACGCAAUUGAUAAGGAAAACGUGUUUAAUAAUCCACAAAGUAUACCACCUCUUAAUAAGUAAAGAGAUUCGUUAGGAAGGAAGAUUAAUAAAUUGGUAGGUGGAUUGUUCUUAGAAUCCUUUUAUUCUAAUGCUAUGCAAAUCAUGAUUGAUAUAUAAUAUAAUGCUUGUUAAG